AGCCUCGCUUCCAUCAGCGGUAUUACGUCCGGAUGUGUCAGAGGGAGUCUGGGCGAGUCUGGACUGCAGCUGCAGGCGUCGUCAUUGCAACCAGGAUGCGCAUCAGUGUGACAAGAGGUCUUCAGCUCUUCACCAACGAUUUAACGCAAUCAAGCGCCUGAAAAAGGAAGGCCAACAGAGAACAAGACAGCUUUAAUCUCUGAGUCUGCUCUUCAAGCUCCUAACAUCCAUCCUCUGCCCCGACGGAAGCCCACCAUGUCCGGGAAGGAGCGCAGCCCCCGCCACCGGCCGUGGUCGGUCUACCGGGCCAACACCUUUGAUCUCUCUGCUGAGAUGAUGGGGCUGGCUCUCUCAGGCACCAGCCAAGAUCCAGAUGAACCAGUUCUGGAGUUCAGUGUGGCCUGCAGCGAGCUGGUCGCGCCCUCUCUGGACCGCAAGCCAACCAGCUUCGUGGCCGUCAGCUGCACCACUCCACCACAGGCCUUCUGGACCAAACACGCUCAGACGGAAAUCAUAGAGGGCACCAGUAAUCCCAUCUACCUGAGCAGCAUAGCUUUCUUUCAGGACUCUCUCAUCACGCAGCAGACUCAGGUCAAGCUCUCCGUCUACGAUGUGAAGGACCGGUCACAGGGCACGAUGUACAUGCUCGGUUCGUCCAUGUUUUCUGUAAAAGAGCUGCUGCAGGACAAACACCACAGGCUGCACUUGACACUAAGGUCAGCAGACAAUGAGCGUGUUGGCAACAUCACAGUCAUCGCCUGGCAAAUAGAGGAGAAGCGGGAGCAGAGGGCCCCAGUUGCAAGAUUACAGAGGGGGGACACGGUCAACGGACGGAUGGUUCUCCCUGUCGAUGAAAGCUUGACUGGAUCCACGAGUAUUAAAUCCAAGUCUUCGUCUCUAUGUAAAGAUCCGAUGCUAAAAGCAGUUUUUGGAGGCGUCAUGUCACGGACGUAUCGUUUCCCCACCACGGAUGGAAACCACCUGCGUGUCCUGGAGCAGAUGGCUGAAAGCGUGCUCUCCUUGCAUAUUCCCCGACAGUUCGUGAAGCUGCUGCUGGAGGAGGACGCUGUGAGGGUGUGUGAGCUGGAGGAGCUGGGUGAGCUCGCUCCUUGUCGGGAGAAUCUCAGGAGGCAGAUCAUCACUCAUUAUCAGACCAUCAUCCUCACAUACCAGGAGACGAUAAGUGACCUGCACGAAUACAAAGGACCUUCGUUUAAGCCCAGCACCUUAAAAGCAGAGAGGAAGUUGGAAUUCAUUCCCACUAACCUGCACAUCCAGAGGAUGAGAGUACAGGGAGAGACGGGUUAUGAUUGGACGUAUGAUGUUGUGACCAUAGGGGCUCCUGCAGCGCAUCACCAGGGCUUUAAAGGCUGCGGCCUCAGAAAACUGCUUCACAAGCUGGAAGAAGCCAGGAAACACACUUAUGAGGAAGAGAGUUCUGCUGGCUUUGGUUCCAAAGGAAUGACCUACCAGCCCCAGGACGUUGUGAAAGCAAAGGAGCUGAUCGCUCAGAUCAACACUCUGAAGACGCAAGUGUGUUACUACACCGAACGUCUGUCCAGAGCUGCCAAGGAACGCUCAGCCAACGCUCUGGAGAGAACUCUGGCCAUCUUAACAGAGAAGACGCGUCAGCUGGAGACGGUGUGUGAGUCCAAGCUGCUCUCGUCAGCCAUCGUCGCCCUUGCCGCCGCUCGUCCUCAGUUCUCUCAGCAAAGCACCCCGUCCCCGUCCUCCUCUUCCCUCUCACCUUCUCGCUCUCCGUCCCGUUCCCCCUCUCGCCACCCCAGCUCUCCUUCCCGCACCGCCGUCUCUCCGUCGAGGCAGGUCACCCCUCUGGAGGGCGGUGAAGGGAGCAGAAGCAAGCGCGUUUCAGCGCAGCUGGACAAUCAUGAGGAAGAGUGGGAGAAGGUUUGGCUAAAUGUCGAUAAAAGCCUUGAGUGCGUGAUCCAGACGGUGGACCGGCUGCUGCAGCGAGACAAACUCCAAAGCGACAGCAGCUCCGAGGACGUCUUUCUGCUCAGCAACGAGGUGCCGAGUAACACCAAGAAAGAAAGCAGCCCAGAAGUUGAGAAGAAAUCUCCUGGCGAAUGGAUCGAAGUCCUCUACCCCCUUCUCACCACCCUGACAGAAUGUGCGUCUCUGAUGAGCGACAAAGCAAAGAAGGCCUUGGUGUUUCUGCUGAUGCAGGACAGCGCCCCCACUAUCGCCAUGAGCCUCACUAUGCAGUAUCGCCGCGACGUUGUUUUCUGCCAGACGCUGACGGCGCUGAUCUGCGGCUUCGUUCUCAAGCUGAGGAACUGUCUCUGCGACAGCGGCUUCCUGCGGCAGCUGCACACCAUCGGCUUACUGGUUCAGUAUGAGAGCCUGCUCAGCACCUAUGGGGAGGAGUUGGCCAUGUUGGAGGACAUGUGUGUCGGCAUAAUGGACCUGAGAAAUGUGACCUUUAAGGUUACUCAGGCCACCUCUGGCUUCAGUCCAGACAUGCUGCCAGUGAUUACGGGGAACAGGACUGGAUUCAACGUCCGGGUUCCCAUGCCUGGCGUGAUGUUCGACACGCUGCCGAGAGAUAUCCAGAACGGGAUGCUGCUUCGGGUGCAGCCCGUCCUCUUCAACGUGGGGAUAAACGAGCAGCAGACGCUGGCUGAGAAAUUUGGAGACACGUCGCUCCAAGAUGUCAUCAACAUGGAGAGCAUGACUCGUCUCAGCUCGUAUUAUGACCAGUUCAAAGAGGUCCUUCCAGAAGACUGUCUCCCUCGGUCCCGCAGCACCACCACCCUGCCCGACAUCCUCAAGCUGCUGAGUCAGAACGUGAACGCCAAGAAAACCAAGAACGUAGAAAUUCUGUGGCAGGCAGCCGAGGCAUGCCGUCGCCUGAACGGAGUGCGUUUCACCAGCUGCAAGAGUGCCAAGGACCGCACGGCCAUGUCCCUGACCCUGGAGCAGUGUCAGAUCCUGCAGCAGGAGCACGCCAUGGCCCCGCAGGUCUUCUACCAGGCCUUGGAUUGCAUGCGCAGUGAGGGCUGCAGGAGGGAGAACACCAUGAAGAAUGUGGGAUGUCGGAAAUAUGCCUUUAACUCUCUUCAGCUCAAGGCCUUCCCAAAGCAGUAUCGCCCCCCAGAGGGGACAUACGGGAAAGUUGAGACCUAAAGCGGACUCAUAGUUGAUGGAAUCAAAAGACUUAAAAACUGAAAAAAUUAUAUAUAUAUAUAUAUAUAUAUAUACACACACACGUUUAAAAAAAAAAAAAGAUAAAACUAUUCGACAAAGCCCCUGGUUUGGUGUUUAGUCCGUGUCAAAGUGCCAGUUCUGCUAGAUUGUUUUUAAGCUGUUUCCUCCCCUCCCAUCUUAGCUUUGCCAACAUCACAACUCACAGCCAAAAGGAGCACAGAUUUGGCUUUUUUUGUGUCACAUUGUAGGCUGUGUGUGCAGAUAGCGUCAGGGCUGCAUCAGCUGUAGCAUCUGGAGGUUUGCAGCCAUGCUGGAUUAAUAAUGCUCCAAUUUCUGUCUAAGAAAUACGUCUGUAUGAGACAGUACAGGCAAAAAUUCUCGAACCCUUUGCAGAUUUCUUCUGUUUUUUUUGUUUUUUUGUUUUUUUGUCUAAAUCAAAUGUUUCAAAUCAUUAAAUGCAUUUUGAUUUUAGAAAGAAAUACAUUGAGUAAAUAUAAAGGCAGUUCUCACAUUAUGAUUUCAUUAAUGAAGGGAAAAAAGCUAUUUAAACCCAACCUGACCCUGUUUAAAACAACUAUCACAACAUUGUUAAAUCAAGAAUUAAUCGUGAUUGGCCACAUAUUUUCAAAAGUUGUGUUUAACUUCACUUGCCAAAGUCAGGCCUGAUUACUGUCAGAACUAUAGAGUAAAAUAUCCACAUGAACAGAACCUGUUUGACAGCAUGAAGUAGGCUAAAAGAUCUCAAAAGCAGCAACUCAUAAUGAACAUCGAGAGUAUCUGACAUGUAUCAGUAGGGAAAGGGUUGGAAAGUAAUUUCUAAGGCGUUGGGACACCAGUGAACCUCAGGGAGAGCCAUUAUCAACAAAUAGAGAAAAGAUGGAACAGUGCAGAACCUUCCAUAAAAUGACCAGCCUGCUGAAAAUACCACAAAAGUGCUUCUACGCUUUAUCUGGGAGGUCAACAAAGAACUCAGAGAAAUUUUACAGCACAGCAGGCCUCAGUUAAGGUCAAUGUUUAUAAUUCAACAAUAAGAAAAGCGCUGGGCAAAAACGGCCUCCGCAGGAGAAGUCAAAGAUGAAAGCUGUUGCUGACCAAAGAGAACACAUAGGCCUGUCGUACAUUUCCCAGAAUGCAUCUUGAUGAUGAAGACUUUUGGAAAAAUAUUCUGGACAGACAGGACAAAAGUGGGAGGUUUUGGAUGGUCGUCGUCUCAUUACAACCGGUGUAAAACUCAAAACAGCAUUUCAGAAAAAGAAUCACACCAGGAGUCAGUGUGGGGGUCUGGGUCUGUGACUGGAUCAUGAAUUUUUCUGCCUACCAUAAAAUCCUGUGUGAGAACAUCUUGCCAUCAGCUUGUGACCUUAAGCCUAAGCGCACUCAUGCAACAAGAAAAUGAUCUAAAAACGCACCUGUUCACCUCUAAAUGGAUAAAAAAAUAAGUUUUUUAAUGGCAUAGUCAAAUUCCAGACUCCUUUCACAUUGAGAUGCUAUGGCAGGACCCCAAAUAGGUCGAUCAGGCUCGGAAAUCCUGAAUUAAAUGUGGCAAUGUGGCUGAAUUAAAACGAUUCUGUGAAAUUUUGGCAACAAAUUCUUACCAAAGGCGAUGCAGAGGCUCGUUGCCACUUAUUGCAAAUGUCUGAUGGCAUUCAUUGCUGCCCAGGAUGGCACAUCCAGUUAUUACCAACGGGUAUCUGGGGGAAUUAGUCUUUCUUCUUAAUUCAGUAAAUAAAAUAAUUUAAAACAGCAUUUUGUAAUUUAUAUUACAUAUUAAAAAU